CCGAAAACUCCUUCCAGCGUGACGGUGGUUUUGACAAUGAACAAUGGGACCUCUUUUCCCGGUUUAGUUCCCUUGCAUAAAGCAGGCCAGGAGCCUCUUCCUCCGGGAGUAACAGAGGCAGAACGACCGCAAUGGGAGCAAAUGAGGAAGAUGGAGCGGUUCGUUCAGUCCGCACAGGAGAGCUGCAUAACUAAAACGGCUCUCGCAGGCGCUGGUGGUCUAGCCAUUGGUGCAUUCUUUUCUUUGAUGUCGGCUUCUUUCGCCUAUGAGGACCCUCUACUUCGGGCACAAAGCCAAGCAGGCAUGAAGACGACUCAAAAGGCCAGUCAGAUCCUCAAAGAUAUGGGGAAAGGGAUGUGGCAAAGUGGAAGAGGAUUCGGAAAAGUGGGGGCACUUUUCGCGAGCAUAGAAUGUGUGAUUGAAUCGUAUCGAGCCAAGAAUGACAUAUACAACUCCGUGUCGGCUGGUUUCCUCUCUGGCGGAAUUCUUGCUCGCAACGCCGGCCCAAAAGCAGCAUUUGGCGGAGGACUGGCGUUCGCCGCAUUUUCAGCUGCGAUAGAUGUGUUUUUUCUACGACGGGAGACGCCGGACGAAGACUAAUUUUCAGCUAGAUUUUAAUCGUACUUGCUAUCACGAACACACACACACUUCCACUUCCCGUUUGACACUGUAUCAUAUACUCCCGUUAUACAUUCGCUUUCCCUGGUCAGACUGGUCGACGGUAAACUGGAAAAUCAACGAUCUGAUCAAGCAAACAAACACCUUCUCAGACUUAAAGCUGGCGUGAUGGACGUUGACGUUGACAUGCGGGAGGUCUUUAUCUUCCGGAUGGAGGUUCCAUGUCAAUAACGUCAACGAUUAUAGGCCAUGGUUCAACGGCAACUGCCAACGUUGCCCAAAUCACACUAAUAGCACAUAUUCCACCUCUUCCGUCCCGCCAGCGCGCGAUACCCAUCAGACAGACGUGUAAAUCCUAUAACGCCUUUAGUCGCGCGCGGGAUCAAUAUGGCCAAAUCGUCGGGGACGCUCUCGUGGACUUACGUCAAACAUUCAUUCGAAAGUCGAUGCUAGAGGACACUCCACUCAAUCCAGUGGGUGAGGGUUUGAUUCUGACUCAAGGCUCGUUUGCACGCUGGCUAGCUAUCGCAGCACCGGGUUGGGGAUGCAGCAAAUUCUCUCUGUUGGAGGUAUCCCGCGGUAGUGCUACGUACAUGUUUCAAUCUCUUUGAACUUCAAACCUAAGCCCGGAGGCUGUAAUCUGCUUAAAGCUAAGGAGAUGACUGUAUAAACCUGCACAGAAUGAUGUGAUGGUUAAUAUGCUUCUUGACCGACUC